CUUUAUUGAUAUAGCAUUGUGCUACGUCUUGAAUCAAACAGAUUAAAAAUAAAUACAAUAAAAUGAGCCAAGAAGAAGGUGGCGCUGAGAAGGGUGCUCCCCGCCUGAACGAGAGGAUCCUCUCUUCUCUGUCAAGGAGAUCUGUUGCUGCCCAUCCUUGGCAUGAUCUUGAGAUUGGAGCUGAAGCUCCCAAUAUUGUGAAUGUUGUUAUUGAAAUAACAAAAGGAAGCAAAGUGAAAUAUGAACUUGACAAGAAAACUGGUCUGAUUAAGGUCGACCGUGUCUUGUAUUCAUCUGUGGUGUACCCCCACAAUUAUGGCUUCAUUCCUCGCACAUUAUGUGAAGACAAUGACCCAAUGGAUGUUCUAGUCCUCAUGCAAGAACCUGCCAUACCCGGUUGCUUUCUUCGAGCCAGGCCCAUAGGGUUGAUGCCCAUGAUUGAUCAGGGAGAAAUGGAUGAUAAGAUCAUAGCAGUUUGUGCUGAUGAUCCCGAAUAUCGUCACUAUACUGAUAUAAACCAACUCCCUCCUCAUCGUCUAGCUGAAAUCAGACGCUUCUUUGAAGAUUACAAGAAGAAUGAGAACAAGAAUGUUGCUGUCAACGACUUCCUGCCCUCGGGCCGUGCUGUUGAUGCUAUCCAGUACUCUAUGGAUCUUUAUGCCGAGUACAUACUACACACCUUGAAGAAGUAAAUAUAAUGGCAGAAGUUGAAACAUAAGAGCUAACGAAAUAUGGAGUGCACCAACUCAUGGGAUCAUAACAUCAAUACAUUUUUUACUUAUAAAGUACUUUAGGUUGACAUUUUUUUACUUUUUGUAUUGAAAUAUAAAUUGGAGAAAAAUAAAACACUUGUACUACAAUAG